GGAAACCUUAAGCAACUCUCUUCAUUGGACCUCUCCUAUAACAAUUUCAAUGGUCAGAUUCCCUCUUCAUUUGAAAACCUUAAACAACUUUGUUUCUUGUACCUCGAUAAAAACAAUCUCAGUGGUGAAAUUCCUAAUUAUUUUGUCAACUUCACACAACUUUUUGAAGUAUCUUUAUCAAAUAAUCGGUUUACAGGCCCCAUCCCUUUUCAAUUAGGCAGGCUUUCAAGUUUAUACUAUCUGGAUUUGUCCAAUAACUUGUUAAAUGCAACAAUACCACCCUCUCUGUUUUCCCUACCAAAGUUGGAAAUUUUAAUCCUCAAGAAUAAUCAGCUCACCGGUCCUUUAGGUUCAUUCCCAGACAAUCCAAUGAGGUAUAUUGAUUUGAGCAAUAACAAGUUGCAUGGCCCAAUUCCAAGUUCAAUUUUCAAACUCAUGGACUUGAGUGUUCUCAUUCUUUCAUCCAAUAAAUUGAUAGGAGAAGUCUCUUCUGCAGCUUGCAAGCUAAAAUCUCUUCAAAUUCUUGACUUGUCAAACAAUAGUUUGAUUGGCUCCAUCCCACAAUGUUUGGGAAAUUUUAGCAACUAUCUUUCAGUGCUGCAUUUGGGUAUGAACAAGUUCCAUGGAACCAUCCCUGAAACAUUUUCACUAGGUAACAGCUUGAGAUAUUUAAACUUCAAUGGCAAUCAGCUGCAAAGGAGAAUCCCACCAUCCAUCUCCAAUUGUAUAAAUUUGGAAAUUUUAGAUCUUGGAAACAAUUAUAUAGAUGACUCAUUCCCCCAUUUUUUGGAACCUCUUCCGGAGCUGCAAAUUCUAAUUCUAAAAUCCAAUAAACUCCAUGGUUUGGUGAAAGGGUCCACAACCAAUUGUUCGUUCUCAAAGCUGCGAAUUUUUGAUCUCUCCAGUAACAUGUUUAGCGGACCUUUACCUGCGGAGUAUUUCAAUAAUUUCAAAGCAAUGAUGAAUUUUGAUGUGAAAAUGGAAUACAUGAGGGAUCCAAAUAAUUCUUAUGAUUAUUCUGUGAGUCUGACACUCAAAGGAUUGGAGAUUGAGUUGGUGAAAAUCCAAACACUUUUUACAACCAUUGAUUUGGCUGGCAAUAAAUUCACAGGAAAAAUCCCACAGUUGAUUGGAAAGCUUAAAUCACUUAAGCAACUCAACUUAUCUCACAAUCAACUCACAGGCAAUAUUCAACCAUCAUUGGGGAAUUUGAGCAAUUUGGAAUCACUAGACCUCUCUUCAAAUCUUUUUGUUGGAAGGAUUCCCAUGCAAUUGGUAGAUUUGACUUUUCUACAGGUAUUUCGCGUUUCACACAAUCGACUUGAAGGACCCAUACCUGAAGGAAAUCAAUUCAACACAUUCGACAACACUUCAUACGAGGGAAAUUUGGGAUUAUGUGGAUUUCCGCUUGAAAAAUGUAACAGCAGGGAGAGCCAACAAUCAGCAGCAUCAAAAGAAGAUGAUUCUGAGUCUAAAAUUGGAUUUGGGUGGAAAGCUGUAUUGGCGGGGUAUGGAUGUGGGUUAAUAUUUGGUAUAGCAAUGGGAUAUGUUGUGUUUAAAACAAGAAAUCCUGCAUGGUUUGUGAGGAUGGUUGAAGGAUUUCAAAAGCCAAAAAGGUUCAAAAACUAAGAUAGUUCAUACAAGAAAAACUUACUAAUGGAGUUAGCGUUUUCUGCCAAACAGAGAUGCAGUCUGAGAUGUAUUGUGCAGGAAGUCUAUGCAUAGCAAUAGCUGGAUCAGAAUAGCAGCUCUGGAGUGAGGGACAAAUCUGGAGUCAGAAUUAUAGAUUAAAGUUUCUGUUGUUACUUCUUUCUUUCUGUUGUUUUCGUGAUAAAUAAAGAUUUUCCACAAUUAUAUUCCUUGGGAAUUGGUGUGGAAACUCUGUAUAAUCUGAUGUUGUAAUGUUUAGACUGAGUUCCUUUCAAAAUUGGCCUAAUGUAUGGAAGUUUAUCAGUAA